ACCACCUCGAACCCCUGAAUGCUGCUAUGUUGCUAACUCAAUUAACAAACAGUACUAUACAUACUGAAAUAUUCAGUGCAAUAGCAUAGUGAUACACCCGGAAGAUGUCUUAUACAGUCUUAUACUUCUCUUAUACUGUUGUACAAUAAAUGGCAAUAAAGCUUCGUAUCUCAUCUCAAUUAAGCUUAGACAAUUUAGCAUUCACUGCAAAGCACUCAAAUUUCUUAAUUUAAGUUUAAACACAUAAUCAUAAUCGGGAUGCCGGCACUCUCCCCCCUCCUGUCACAGCGGCUAGUGCCGACAGGGAAGCGUCUGAUUCGACGUCAUGAAAACGACUUGUCAUCAGCCGUCAUGAGUCUGUUUCACUCUGGUGGAGGCAAACGUAAAAAAGGCUGAAUGGAAAGUCUGUUAUAAGUAGUCCAAGCAAUGCGAUGUGUGCCUUUUUCAGUCAUUACCUUGUGACGUAGGCGAGAGUACAAAGAAAACGCUCCAGAAAUUAUACGGCAGCACACGCAAGUUCUCUGUUCCACGAGUGAAAUAACGGCACUAAUGCAAUAUAUCAAGAUGAACACUCUGUUUCUCCUCACCUUCCUGUCUGUGUGCUAUGCAGAGAACUUUGACAAGGUUUCUGAUUUGGCAUCUUACAGGACCAUUUACAUCUCAGAAAAUGGACCUGGACUAUCUGUUAUGACAGAACAAGCCAAAGUGGUGUCUCAUCGGGGGGGCAAUGUAACACUGCCAUGCAUGUUUCAAAAGAACCCUGGGCUUGUCCCCAAUCCCAGAAUGAGGAUAAAGUGGACUAAGUUAACAUCAGAUUAUCUAAAAGAGAUUGAUGUUUUUGUAGCUAUGGGUCUCCAUAAGAAGAGCUAUGGUAGAUUUCAUGGCCGUGUGGAUCUACAGGGUGCCAGUGAGAAUGAUGCAUCACUGGUCAUUAAUGAGAUAACACUGGAGGACUAUGGAAGGUACAAAUGUGAGGUGAUUGAUGGUCUGGAGGAUGGCACAGUAGUGGUGUCCCUCAAUCUUGAAGGUGUAGUUUUCCCACAUUUUUCAUCUCAUGGGCGUUAUAAACUGAACUUCCAAGAUGCUGAGACAGCCUGUCAAGAUCAGGAUGCCAUUGUGGCCUCAUUUGACCAGCUGUAUGAUGCUUGGAGGGAAGGGCUAGACUGGUGCAAUGCUGGUUGGCUCAGUGAUGGAUCAGUGCAAUACCCAAUCACCAAACCUCGAGAGCCUUGUGGAGGGAAGAACACUGUCCCUGGCAUAAGGAAUUAUGGAAUGCAAGACAAGGAAAAGGGCAGAUAUGACGUCUUCUGUUUCACGUCAAAAUACAAAGGGCGUUUCUACUAUCUUACACCCUCUUGGAAGAUGACAUAUGAUGAAGCAGUGCUGGCAUGUCAAAAAGAUGGUGCUCAGAUUGCUAAGGUUGGCCAAAUGUAUGCAGCAUGGAAACUGCUGGGCUAUGAUCGCUGUGAUGCCGGCUGGUUAGCUGACGGAAGUGUGCGCUAUCCCAUCUCGCGUCCACGUCGCCGCUGUAGCCCCACAGAAGCUGCUGUGCGCUUCUCCGGUUUUCCAGACAAGAAGCACAAACUCUAUGGUGUCUACUGCUUCAAAGGGUACAACUGAGUAAAAAAAAAAUGUAAUACAGAAAAGGAAGUGAAGAGGAGUCAGUCAACUGUGACCUUUUUCAAAUACUGUAUUAUGUAGGUGAUUAAGAAGACAUUGUGCAUUUGGUGUUAUUGAAGACAUGAUAGCAAAAACUCAAAAGCAUGUUUGUUCCAUAAAGCACCAAUAUAAAGAAAAUGUUCUAAAAAAUUAGGCAAAAAAUAUUUUUGGGAGUCAAAAAGGUUAUUUACUCAUACAUUAUGUAGAUAUUUACAUUUUAGGAGAGACAACAAUUCUGCAGUAUUAUAUGAGAAGCUAGAGUGGAUUAUGAAAUACAGAUACACAAAAUUUACUAAACCUCAAUUUACUCUAUAGCCUCUCAGAAAUAAUAUGUCAGAAAGCUUAAAAAUAUCUGACUGAGAUGUUUGAGCACAUUGUCAUUCAGUAGCAUUGUACUCAUAGAUAAUUGAAAUGGUGGCUAAAAUAAACUUUUAUAGAGUGAUCCAUCUAGUAUUUAGCCAUUAUUUCAACUGAUCUCAAUUCGUCUCAUUGCUCACUCACUCUAUCUCUCUCUCUCUCAGUUGUUUUACCAUCCAUACACGGUGCUAAAAGGUAUCAUGUUCUUGGGCUAUAUGUUUUUUAUUUUGUUUUGUUGUUUUUUUAAUUAUUUUAUUAUUAUUGUUUUUUAAUUUUGUUAAAAAGACAUUUAAUGUGUGGACCAAACUCAAAGCCUUCAUACUAAACAUUAAGUCUUCAUCCUUUCAUACUGAAGAACACUCACAGUGUUUUAUAAUUGUUUUUACAGAAAUAUUAUACUACUCUAUAAUGGUAUCCCUGUUGUGUAUCUUUUUGAAAUGCUAUAUUUAUACAAUUUAUCCAUACAUCUGUACUAUUGUCAUCAAGUAGUAUGGUGGUCCAUCUAUCCAUCUAUUCAUAGACUGGGAUUAUAAUUAAUAUAUAUAUAUAUAUAUAUAUAUAUAUAUAUAUAUAUAUAAAAUAUAUAGGAUAAAAAUGGGAGGGUUGCAUCAGGAAGGGCAUCCUGUGCCAAGUAAAACCUGUGCCAAGUUGGUGUGCAGACCAGUUGGUCCUGUGGCGACCCCUCACACACGUAGGGAGCAGCUGAAAGAUCAACAACAACUGAUUUAAUUAUUUAUUAUCUCAUUCCAUGUGACCAGCAAGCAGAAUUUUUCCUCAAGAUAUUAAAGAGUCUGCCAUUAAGACAUGGAUUUUAUUUUAUUUUUUGUAGCAUGUUUUUUUAUGUUCUCUAUUUGUAUUUUACAAAUUUUUCAAGAAACAAGGACAAAACAGCAAACUUGCUUUAUCUGUGUUAUCAAAGAAAAUGAGCAAAGGCAUUGUUAGUUCAUAUUCAUAUAAUAUUUCAUAUAAAAAACAACUUCUCUGUUUUUGUCUUUGAAACAACAUUUACAAUCGAGUUGCAUGAUUGGAUGUAGUUUAAAAAUCAACACUAAAGUCUGUGGAAAGAACUAUAAUAUAUGGAGGAAAAAAAACAAGAUUAUAUCUCCAGUAGAGCAGACAAAAUGUACAUGUUAAAGGUCACCCUUAAAGUAUUUGAAAACCAAUAGUAACACAACACAACAAGGCAUACUCAGCAUGCUGAUCUGAAACAUUUUCUUUGAGUUUGCUGUUAUGUAUUUAAACUGGAGACAAAAGUACUGAUCAAAGAUUCAGGAAGUGAAACACUUUGACUCAAGUUAGACCAUAAAUAUAAAACUAUGCAUUGUUUACAUAUGAGGGGAAUGUAAAAUUUUAGCUACCAAAGCUUAGUUACAAGCUUAAAUAGAAUGUGUUCUUGAGAAUAUUGAAAUAUUUCAAACAUAUAUAAUGAAGUUACUGAAGUUUUAGGCAACUGUAUCCUUCAGGUGCCUUGUUUACAAUCUCAAACAUAACUGGUUUUGGAAUAAUUGUGUCCUGUAUUUGUAAAACAUAAAGUACUGCAUUUAGGCUUUGAUCUGUGUAAACCAUCUCAGAAACAAGAGAAAAAUAAAACCACAAAAGAAAUAAGAUGUAUGGAUUAAAAUUGACUUGGAAUAUGGGGAAAUAAUUACUGUAUAUCUAUUUUGUAGCAACAACACUGUAUACUGUACCUACACACAGUUUUUCUACACACCUUUUCUACAAUAAAUUACAGCAUGUAUUAUAGGUAGUAUAAACAUACACUACUCACAAAAGGUUAAGGAUAUUUGGCUUUUGGGUGAAAUUUAUGGAAAAUGUAAAAGGUUCAUGCUACAGUGAUAUAUAAUGAAAGUAGGGCAUUUAAGUAGAAGCAUGCAAUGGUGAUUUCCUCAUCUCAAACAAUUUAUUGAAACAAAAGCCACAACAGUGUUGGGUAUACCACAACAAAAAAUGUCAAUGUCUCAAUAAUUUGUCAUGUGCCCUUGACCAUCAAUUACAGCUUGACAACAACAGGGCGGCCCUCAGGUCAUUGAGGUUCUGGGGUGCAGGGUUAUGAGCCUCUACACGGUGACUCAGCUGAUCCCAUAGGUUUUCUAUGGGAUUCAGGUCUGGAGAAAGUGCAGGCCACUCCAUUUGAGGUACCCCAGCCUCCAGCAGUCGUUCCCUAAUCAUGCGACCUCGAAGAGCUGGAGCAUUGUCGUCCAUGAAGAUGAAAUUAGGCCUGUGGUGUUCAUGCAGGGGCACAAUGACUGGAUUAAUGAUGUUAUUCAGGUAGUAUUGGCUUGUCACUGUACCAUUCACAAGAUGUAAGGCAGUUCUGUAUUGAGUAGACACACUUGCCCAGACUGUAACACCACCACAACAGUGGCUGAUGCAUAGCGCUCUCCUUGACGUCUCUAACAUUGUUAGAGGCCAUCAUUUCUGCUCAAUGUGAAUAGACUUUCAUCAGAGAACAGCACUGAGGCCCACUGGUCCCUCGUCCAUGCAAGACGAUGACGCCUAUGCCUGGUGGUGUGGUCAGGUAUCCUUCCAGGUCGUCUAGCAAGCAGACCACACUGAUGUAAACAGUUUCGAAUGGUCUGACGUGACACUUGGGUGCCUCUCACCUCCCUUAAAUGUGCCUGGAGUUUAGUGGCAUUCAUCAUCCGGUUCCGCAGGGCACUGUUCACAAUGAAGCGGUCAUCAACGUGGGAUGUGGCCAAAGGACAUCCACUUCUAUGCCGUUCUGUGACUCUUCCAGUCUCUCUGUAUCUCUGUUGCAACCUGCUGAUGACACUCUGUGACACUCUAAGCUCGGUGGCCACGUCCCUCUGAGAACAUCCUGUUUGAAGCCUCGCAAUGGCGGGGUACUGUUGAUCAAUUGUUAGGUGUCGUCUUGGUCUCAUGAUGUCAAAGUGUGAACAGCAUGAUGAAGAGGACUGUUUAAAUACCAAUUCUAAUUGAACCAGAAAAUUUAUUGGUCGAUUCAUGGAUCAAACACCAGUUGUGAAUUUUGCCGUUGAGCACCUUGUUAGAGAACAGCAAGUUAUGCAAAAAUGACUGAAACACUGAACAGUUGGACAUGUGCAUUCAAAAGUGUAGAGAAGGUCAAAUUAAGUAUGUAUAUAACAGUUCUGAAUUAAUAUUUUAGAUUUUACAUUUCUUCUAAAUAUAUUUAUGUUCAAUAAUGGGAAUUGUUUAUUAUAUAAACCCUUUAAUUUAACAAAUGAAGCCCAUUUAAAAAGCCUUUGCUCUAUAAUAUUUCUAUCUAAUGGAUUUGGUGCCUUGGUGCCUAGGAAAUCUUUUAUGGAAAGAAGCAAAUGCUGUGGUAUUCAUUGCAUUAUGACAAGUUUCUAUGGUCUUUCUUGGUAACUUUGUUCAUCCUUUUACGAAUGUUAGCUAAUGCCAAUGCAUUAAUGACUCAAAAGUCACACUACCUACACAAAAUGCAUAUGUGAAAUCAGUAAAAAGAAACAGCUUAAAGUUAAACUAAGGAUAAAAAAUCUGAUAUUUCUGAAGGUGUCAAGAUCAUAACUGCACUGCAGACAAGCAGAUAAAAUAUCAUUAAUAUAUUAAAGAUGAUCUAGUAUUUACAGUGAAAAGUUUACAAAAUUUUAUUACAUCUUUUUCUAAAUAUUUUAAACUAAUUUCAAGUAUGUUUUUAUCCUAUUAGCAGAGAAUGCAUUUACAUCGAUCCAUAUUAUAUAAAUAAUGCAUGUUUUUAUGACAUUAUGCCAACAUAAUUACUAUGCACUAUUGUACAUGUUUUCACCAUGUUGGGAAUGCAUGAUUUUUUCACACUAUUUUUGCCUUACUGAGUUAAAUGUAAGCAAUGAAUAAUUAUUUUAAUGUAUUAUUUCUUAUAUUAACAAAUA